AUGGCGUGGACGACGCCAUGCAUGGGCGCCGAGCCCGCCGAGGCCAUCAUGGCCUGCGCGACCAAGCACGUCGCCGCCCUCGCGCGCCACCUCAAGCUGCCGCUCUGCCUCCUGCUCUGCGCCUUCAUGAUGGUCUACCUUCUCAGCGAGCACGUCGCGUGGCUGGGCUUGCCGACGGCCGAGGCCGCUGCAUCGCCGAGUUACGUGUCCUUUGUGAGCAUUCCCGUGCUCGAGCACGUGCUGCCGAUGAAGCAUCUAAUCGAGGAGCUGCUUCGCCGAGGCCAUCGCGUGAGCUUUGCGCUGCCCGAGAUGUGCCGGAAUUGGGUCAGCGACCUCCCCGGCCUCGAGUUCAUCUCGCUUGGCACGAUGCCAUCGCCGAUCCCGCACGCGCUCACGCUCAAGUCUGCCGUCGGCAACGUGGGCAUCUACUCGAGCUACCUCGCCUCCUUGCAGUACUAUGCGUCGUUCUACAAACCCAUGUACCAUCCGCUUCGCGCCGACUAUGGCGAAGACGCGCCUACGAUCGUCGUGGCCGACCGGUACGCGUUUGCAGCGAUGGACGUGGCCAACAACCUCUCGCUUCCCUUUAUCAUUCACAACCCGUUCCUGCUGCUGGACAUUGACGACCCGCCCUCGUAUGUGCCCGCGCCAUUCUCGCAGUACCCCAUGGCCACCCAAACGGUGUGGCAGCGCUGUGCGAACGGGCUGCAUCGGCUGCGGUUUCGACUUGGCAACGCCGCGGUCGCUGCGUCGCUCGCCAAGGCCCGGUCCGAGUUUGCACUGCCGUCGACGCCAAGUUACGGCGAGCGACUCGUUCUGACCAACACGGUCUUUGGCCUCGAACACCCCCGCCCGCUCUCGCCGCUCCACCGCCUCGUCGGCGCGCUCACGAGCUUGUCGCCGCCAUCGCCAUCACCCGAACUCGACUCGUUUCUGCGCCGGGACCGCGACGGGUGCGUCGUGCUGGUCGACUUUGGCGCCGACGUGGUCCUCUCCACUGAUAUGGUGUCGCUGCUUAUGACGGCUCUACGCGAGGUCGAGUGCCGGACGGUUUGGAAGUUGUCGCCCGAGAUGCACAAGAGCUUCCUGCACGACGAGGUCACACGGGACCUCCUCGCGUCCUCGGACGUCUUCUUCAGCGUAUCGCACUCGCUCCACGUGCCCAACACGACCAACGUCCGGUUCCUCGUCACGUCCGGUGGCUUCUCAGCGGUCCAGUCGGCGCUGCUCGCCGGCACACCGAUCCUCUCGAUCCCGUUCUCGGCCGAACACGCCGAGUUUACGGACCGCAUCGUGCGGGCGGGCGCCGGCGUCGCGAUCGAAGCGACAAAAGUGACGGCCGCAAGCCUCCACUUUGCGAGCGACCUCCUCCUCUCGCACGACCGGUUUGCAUUGGCGGCCGAGCGUGUCGGUGGGCUCUUGACGACAGGUGGCGGUGUCGAUGCCGCAGUCAACGCCAUCGAGGCUGUCGCGGCCCGGGGCACAGCGGGCUGGAUCCCUGCGCGCGAGACGCAGCCUCUGCUCAAGACGUACCUCUUGGACGUGUAUGCGGUGUACGGCGCCGUGCUCUGCGGCGUCGCCGUCGUCCUCCGCACGCUGCUCUCGGCCUGCCUCUCGGUCUUUGCCCGCCACGACCCGCUCAAGAAGGUGCAAUAA